AUUUAUUACUUAUAUAUCAUCACAUCAUGUUCUGGAAAAAGAAGGAUAAAGAUUCUUCCUCUACAUCAACUAACCCAUUCGAACAAUCUACUCCUCAACUCUCGUCUACUCCUUCUUACUCCAGUGGUAGUUCUGCAGGUUACAACAGUCAACCAUCUUAUGGAGGCAGCAGAUAUAGUAACAACAACGAUAAUGAUGGUGGUCGAUAUGGCCAACGAACUCAUGAACAAGACCGUGAUGAUUUAUUUGGUUCACCUCGACGCCCUCAACAACAACAAUAUGACUCACAAGGACAGGAAGAUGCUUACGGUCGAUCCAAGAGUCGUUAUGGUGAACAAGAUGAAGAUGAAGAAGUCGGUGGCAUCAAGAAACAAAUUAGAGACAUCAAACAAGAAUCUUUACAAAGUACUCGUAAUGCUCUUCAGAAAAUUGGUGAAGCUGAACAAAGUGCUGCUCAAUCAAUGAAUCAACUUGGAACUCAAUCAACACAAAUUGCCAAUGUGAGCCGUAAUCUUGAUCUGGCCAAGGCUCAUUCUGACCGGGCAUCGUCGCAAGCGGAUGAACUCAAGCAAUUGAACCGAUCGAUCUUUAUUCCAGUGGUGAAGAAUCCAUUCAACAAAGGUGCUCGUCAACGUCGUGAAAUUGAAAAGUUACAGAAUGAUCAUGCUGAACAUAUGAAUGAAAGGGAAGAUAUUCGCCAAUUUGAAUAUGAAUCCAGUGCACGUAUUGACCAAGCCAAUCGUCGUAACGAACGUGGAUCCUCCAAUGGUGGAUAUCGUCGUGGCCGCUCUGAAGCCGAUCGUCGUCGUUAUCAAUUUGAACAAGAUGAAGAGGAUGAUGCCGUGGAAGAUGAAAUCGAUCAAAACUUGGAUUUACUUGGGGAUGCUACUGCUCGUUUGAAGAAUAUGGCUGUUACCAUGAAUGAUGAAUUGUCAAGCCAGAAUGCCAAACUUGGAAAACUCAAUACCAAGGUCGAUCCCAUCAGCCAGAAACUCGUUGCUACUACCCAUACUUUGAACAAAACUCGAUAAACUUGGUGAUUAGAUUAGUUUGCUUUUACUUUUUUAUUUAUCUUGUCCUUUUUAUUAUUAUUAUCAUCUUGAAUAAAUAAAUAAAAAAACAACAACACAGAAUCAUCUUUGCUUAUUAUCCAUUA